AUGAACAAAUACAAUUAAGAGACCAUCUAAGAUCCUCAAACACUUAUGACUGACUUUGACCUAGCUCCUCUUUCACAAGACUAUUUCAAUUCAAAUGAUAGAUACUUAGACAUAGACAUUGGAGUUUUUGACUAUGCAUUUAAAUGUAUAUAAGGCCCGUAUGCUGGCAAAUUCUUUUACAUUAAUUCUUCUCCGCAUGGUGAGAUUAUCGGGGGUAUUGCUGAUUAUGAUAUCAAAAGAAAUCCUGCAAAACUUACCAUGUAUGUUGAAAAUAAUCAGCUUGCAGAAAGACAUGCUCUAAUUCAAUUAAAUAGCCACUGCUAAUAUCUUAUCUAAGAUGUAAGUCCUAUUGAUUCUACUGGAAUUUGGAUUAAAGUGCCGACUACUGGAGAAGGAAUGGACUUGUAUAGAAAUAACAACUUUAGGAGAAAAUUCAUGAUAAACAAUUUCUCAUAUGUAUUCGAGUUUAAAGAGACAGAUCAGAUACUUUUGGACUUGUAUCACUGGCUAAGAAUAAAUCAGCUUGAUCAUGGAUACUAACUUAUGCUGCAAGAAGGAAUUGUAAACUUCGGAACUUACUUUUAAAAGCUUAAAGAUUUCAUAGAUAGAAACUAGUUGAACCAAGAAUAUCUGCAAAACUUGAUUUUAUAGACUAAGGAUUUAAAAAACUCCUUAAAUUAUUUAAGUGCUAAUGGUUAGAUUAAGAAUCAAGAUUUUUACCAGGAAAAAAAGUAGUUGGUUUGCUAGUUUAAGAGUGGUCCUUAGAUUUAAUUUGGAUUAGAUGGGUAUUAAGGAUAUUUGGUUAGUGGUCCAAAGACUUAGAACGCUAAUAUAAUAAUAGAAGAUGACAAUUUGAAUGAUAUGAAUCUCUAUAUCAUAUUUAAACUUGGAUCUUACUAUAUUGUAGGUGAUCACUCAGAGUCUAACAUUGAAGAAUCUCAUCGAUCAACCAAUCCAUAUUUUAAAUUGUUCAAGGAUGAAAAAUAUCAUUUAUAGCCAGGUCAAAUAGUAAAUCUCGGAUUAUCUAGCUAUAUUGUCGAAAGAUUCAAUACUGGAGUCAUUGCUGAUGUUGGAACAAGAGGCUCUAUGGAAGAUACUUAUAUAAUUUCAUAAGAUAUUGGAAUAGAUGACUAUCUGAAAGUUUCCCUAUUUGCAGUAAUUGAUGGGCAUGGAGGUGAAAACUGUGCUAUCUUCUUAAGAUAAAGAAUAGAACAAGAAAUAAGGAAAGAAUUGACUGACCCUGAUCUGGGGUUGAAGAGUAAAGGAAAAGAAGGUGCUAAUGAAUGCAUAACAAAUGCCUUGAGGAGGGCAUUCUUAACUCUAGAUGAACAAUUCUAUUAGGAAUUCCCAAAAUAUGCUAUAAAAUGUGGUGCUGCUGUAGUUUGUGUAUUGAUUGUUGGAAACAGAGUAUUUUGCGCAAAUAAUAGAAAGGAUGAAGCAGAUAGAGUAAAAAAUAAUGGUGGUACGAUUGCUUGUGAGAGAGUUUAAAAUAAAUUAGCAAUCACUAGAGCUUUUGGAGAUUUUGAAUUCAAACUGAAACAUUUCGAGGAUAAAAUAGAAAGAACACACUACUUGAUUGCAGAACCUGAGAUAAGAUUGAUGGAUAUUGACCCAUUCAUUGAUGACUUUAUUGUAAUUGGAUCGGAUGGUUUAUACGACAAAUUUUCAAGUCAAGAAGUUGUAAAUUUCAUCAGAGCCAAAUUAGGAGCUAUGCCAUUAAUGGAUUAGGAUGUCUCAAGGGUUGCAAGAGAAAUAACAAGUGAAUGCAUUUUGGCUCAGCAUGUUAAAGAUAAUGUUACCACAAUUAUUGUAGCCUUAAAUAGAGGAAUCAAACUUAACUGA